GGCCCCGGAGGAAGGCCUCGGCGGGUGACGGAGGCCGGCGCCGGAGGUGGAGCGCCGACGACCUCUGGACGGAGGAGCAGAAGGCGUUCAGGCGUAAAGCGGGCCGGACCAGCAGGGGCAGCGUGGGCCGGCUGUCUGAGGACAAAGCGGACGCUGGUCUGGACCCGGGCCCCAUGGAGGACUUCCGAGGCCUGCCCCUGCGCUCGCACUGCUUCUCCCGGAGCACCCCCGUCGGACUGGACUGCCUGGGCUGGAGGAGGCGGACCUCCUACGCCUCGGUGGUGGUCCCUGACGGGGCGUCCGAUAGGCCGGGACUCGGGGAGGACCUGGGCAGUGAGGAGGAUCUCCUUUACGAAGAGUUCCGCGGCUCCGGCCAUCGCUUCGGACACCCAGGAGGAGGCGGCGGAGAGCAGCUCGCCCAUCACUGAGCUGAUCAGCGAUGGCAGCGUGGUGUACGCCGAGGCGCUGUGGGACCACGUCACCAUGGACGACCAGGAGCUGGGCUUUAAGGCGGGGGACGUCAUCGAGGUGGUGGACGCCACCAACAAGGAGUGGUGGUGGGGACGCAUGGUGGACAGUGAGGGCUGGUUCCCCGCCAGCUUCGUACGGUUGCGUGUGAACCAGGACGAGCCCAUGGAGGAGUACCUGGCCCACCUGGAGGAGGCCCAGGCCGGGGGCGAGGACCGGGCCAGUCUGGGCCUGCUGCUGGGACCCGGGUUACCCUGCAAAGAGCAGAUGAGGACCAACGUCAUCAACGAGAUCAUGAGCACAGAGAGGGACUACAUCAAGCACCUGAAGGACAUCUGUGAGGGCUACAUCAAACAGUGUCGGAAGAGGACGGACAUGUUCACAGAGGAGCAGCUCCGGACCAUCUUUGGGAACAUCGAGGACAUCUAUCGGUUCCAGAGGAAGUUCCUGAAAGGUCUGGAGAAGAAGUUCAACAAGGAGCAGCCGCACCUCAGCGAGAUCGGCUGCUGCUUCCUCGAAUAUCAGACAGAUUUCCAGAUCUACUCGGAGUACUGCAACAACCAUCCCAACGCCUGCAUCCAGCUCUCCAAGCUCAUGAAGGGCAACAAGUACGUGUUCUUCUUCGAGGCCUGCCGGCUGCUGCAGAAGAUGAUCGACAUCUCUCUGGACGGCUUCCUGCUCACUCCGGUUCAGAAGAUCUGCAAAUACCCGCUGCAGCUGGCCGAGCUGCUCAAAUACACCAACCCUCAGCACAGAGGACUACAAGAUGUGGAGGCGGCUCUGAACGCCAUGAAGAACGUGGCUCGGCUGAUCAACGAGAGGAAGCGCCGGCUGGAGAACAUCGAUAAGAUCGCUCAGUGGCAGAGCUCCAUCGAGGACUGGGAGGGCGAAGACGUCCUCAGCAGGAGCUCCGAGCUCAUCUUCUCUGGGGAGCUGACCAAGCUGUCCCAGCCGCAGGCCAAAAGCCAGCAGAGAAUGUUCUUCCUCUUCGACCACCAGAUGGUGUUCUGCAAAAAGGACCUUCUACGGCGUGAUAUGCUCUACAAGGGCCGAGUGGACAUGGACCACAUGGAGGUGACGGACCUGGAGGACGGGAAGGAGAAGGACUUCAAUAUCAGUGUGAAGAACGCCCUGAAGCUGCGCUCGCUCUGCGGAGACGAAGUCCACCUCCUCUGCGCCAAGAAGCCCGAGCUGAAGCAGCGCUGGCUCCGAGCCUUCGCCGACGAGAGGAGACAGGUCCAGCACGACCAGGAGACAGGCUUUUCUCUCACGGAGGUCCAGAAGAAACAGGCCAUGCUCAACGCCUGCAAGAGACACCCUGCUGGGAAACCCAAAGCGGUGACCAGACCGUACUACGACUUCCUGCUGCGGCAGAAGCACCCCUCCCUCCCCCCGCGCUGCCCCCAGCAGCAGGUCUUCAUGCUGGCCGAGCCCAAGAGGAAGACCACCUUCUGGCACAACAUCGGCAGACUGACGCCCUUCAAGAAGUAG